GUACAUCACAGAACAAGCUGUCCUCUCAAUCAUGAAGCGUAUUUUAUGUCUGAUCUUCUUAUUUUCAACAAUUUACUGUGCCCCUCUGGACACCCACCAUUGUAGCUUGAUUUGUCCCUUCAUCUACUUGCCAAUCUGCGGAUCCAAUGGAAGAACCUACGGCAACGAGUGUGAAAUGAAUGUGGAAAACUGCCUAAGCAAAACCAAUGUCCACAGGGUCAGCCAAGGCCCCUGCCCAAGCUCUACCACAGACAACUCGGCGCAGCAGCUGGGCUAGAAAUGUAUUCUGACUAAAAACUCAUAUUAAAAAAUUCAAAUUCUGA